CAUUUCUCACCGAGAUCGGUCGAUCAUCAGUCGACAGAUUUUUAUCAAUAAUUCAGACUAAUCUAAUUUUUUUAUUCGUUGUUUUGACUAAAAUCCAUCUUUCACUCAUAUAAUUCCAAUUUGAUAGUAUUUUUUUAUUAUUCAUAUACAACUGAAUGAUUUUUAGUUCUAUUUGGCUUCUGCCCGAUGCAGAUAAAUAAGCAUUUUAAUAGUCAUUUUCUUUGGGGUAUAGACUAAAUGUACCGAUCCGACGGAAGAAUUUUAGAGCCACUCACUGGAAAGAACUUGAUUUCUCCGUCUUCCUAAAGUAGUUUUUCUUCUUUCUAAUGGCCACUGAACCUGUUUUCAGAGCGCAACAUAUUUUAGACUGCAUUCCAAUCAAUCACAAAGAGGACUUACAAGCAAUAUUCACAAGAGAAGGUUUGCUGAAGAGGACGAUCCAUUCUGUAUGGGGGUGUCCAGGACAUCUUUUCAUCUCCUUAGACGGAGGGACACUCGUCAGAGCAUAUCAGCUGAAGUCUCCUAAUCGCAUAAAGCAGUUUACGAUCUUGGCCAAGGUCUCACCAGUAAUCAAGAUUUGUUUCAUCCAGGAUAUGCAUGAUGUCAUUCUAGUUUUCUAUAAGAAUGGUCUUGUCAAGGUCUACGAGCACGUCCAACCAGCGGACAGCAACUCUCAGCCAUGGCGCAAGAGAGAACAGUUCAGCUUGGGCACCACCAAUGAUGCUUGCGUGAAGAGCGCCAUCUGUUGUUUUACUCAAGGCAAGAGGGUGGUUGUCUGGGUGGAGGAGCGGAAGGAGGCCACGUCUUCUGGGAGUGCCGUCGAGCAGUGUCUGCUCACUGCGGAGUUGGAACCCAAUUGCAAAGGCAUCAAGUCACCUGUGUUGCUUCUCUUUGGUUGCCAGUCUGAGCUACAACUUGCAGCUGACUACAAUGGAGAACACAUAACAAUUCUUCCCAGCCAACCCUGUCCAGCUGGAAUGUAUUUCAGACUCCAUUUCAACUCUACAGACAGGUCACCUCUGCUGGAAUCGUCCAUUCUUGGAGAGGGGUGUGUAGAGAGGUACAAGAAUUUUCCUGUAGAUUUCAGUGAGAAUGCAGACAGCCUUAUUCACAUAUGGAGCGAGGUGGCUAAACAUUCUUUUGGUAAAUUGGUUGCCAUGACGAUGGAAGCAAGGACUGGCAUGGUGUUUCUGAUUUCGGAGGAUGGCUCGGUACAUUCUAUUUCAUGUGCUGGAGAAGAGAAAGUAGGAGUGUUUCAUCUCUCAGAUGUUGAUGCAUCGUCUGUUUCUGACUGGUUUGCUGUGAGGUUUGUGAUCGGAGCAGUCUUCCCUCAAGACAGAAUCAUUAGACUCUACAGUUCCGUAUCAGGUGACAUUCUCCAAGAAAUCAACCUAUCAUCAAUCACCUCGGCCGAUGCGAUCCGUGUUUGGUCCAUACUGGGUAGUCUUCCGCAGAUCGGCUUCUGGUCAUCCACUGGCAUUUGGUUACUACAGAUGCAAGAGGCUUCAAUCGCUGCCAGAGCAGAUGAGCCGAACACUACUCAUCACCUCCUAGACUUUGAGCUAAACAAGAUGGCUGCUGCCACGGAGCUUCAGAAGCUCUACUCAGAACUGACAGAAGAGGGCGCCGUUGCCUCUGAAACCGACCUUGACCUUCUUGCAGAUUCAAAUGUCUUCCAGAAUGAAGCCCUUUUAGUAUCGCUGUCUCAGGAUGUGGACAGGUGCAAGCAUCCAAGAUUAAUGGAGAAGGUUGCCAACUUGCAGCAGAGGUUCAAGGAAAGACCCGAUCCCACUCCUGACACCGCUCUCAACGAGUCGAUGCUUCCCCUUCUGAAAGACUUCUAUGAGACACGGGAACAGAGAGACAAGUUGGAAAUGGGAGAGAUCAAAUCGUCAGGUGGUUUGACCCUGUCAUCUCAGAUAAAGGAAGCUCUUGAUAUGACCUCAGUUAUUCCACCAGGACUCAGGCUUAGUAAACUGGAGCUUCUUUCUAAUCUCUACCCUGAGAAGCUUCUAGAAGGUCUUAUCAAAGAGCUGGAUUUAGAACAAGCAAUGGAAAGUGGUGUUAAUGGGGAAGAAGAGAGGCCGACAGAAGUACUCAAACACUGGUCAUUAUGCAAUCCCGAGACAGAAGAGGGCGCGAGAUUCUUGAAGAUAGUUUGCCGGCUUUUGUACAUCCAUCAGCCUCUGAAAUUGGUGGAUGUGGUCAAAUUCUUUCAAGAGUUACACAAUACAGCUUCUGAUUUGUCAGCAUUCACCAGAAAAAGGCACGGGUUAUCUGUCAGUGGGAUGGUGCUAGAUGUUCUUCCAGACCCAACUGAAUCUUCGGACACCAAGGAGGCCAUCAGAGCCAAAGCACAACUCAUUCAAGACAGUGAUAAGAGCCAUGGACCAAUGAAAGCCCUUCAGCUUCUUCUCUCACAUUCCCUCUGGGAAGAUGCAGUACACGUUGUCGAAGGUCACAUGCCCCAGGACAGCCAAUCACAUCGCGAGCUCUUCUAUGUCCUUCUAUGUGCAAUGCUAAUGGAUUCUUCUGCCCUCCAAGAACACAGCCAGCGACUGUGGGAUUGCUUGCCACCAUCAAUUUCGGCGCUGAAUCUUCUACAGGCUCUCCAGAUCAACCAAGACAGUGUGAAGAACCAACUACAGAGAGACUCGCCGAGACAAACUAUCCAGGGUCCGGGUCUCACCACUGGGGCACAUCCCCCCUCCUUUUUUUUCUUAAUUUGUGGUUGAAAACCUUUUUUUUCGGCUUUUUAAAAAUUUCCUCCGAAAAAUUUGCCCCCCUUUUGGAAAAACCUGGAUCCGCCCCUGCAUGUAUCUACCUGGAUUUGCAGAGAAUUGAUAUAUACAUGUAUAUAUAUAUAUAUUGGCCCGUGGAUCUGUGUAAGGAAUAGAUCCAAGGUGGCGAAGGUGCUACAUUUCAUCCAAAUUCUGUGUUGACAAAUAAUUACAGAGAAACUGAACAAGGCAAACCAUACAGGUUCCUGGUCCUUGGCACUCCUGUCUGAAGAAGGAUUAAUAUACAGUUUUGUCCACGAAUCUGUACAAAAAAGUAUUGCACUAUGUAAUUCUCUCACAACUUGCUGAUUGACUUAGCAAGUGUCAAAGAAAAAUUAACUGCGAUUACAGAGAGUCUUGUCAAGGAACAUCUUACAGGUUACUGAUCUUAUCACUGUCCUUUAGAAAGAGCAAUUGAUACAAAAUUUGGCACGUGAAUCUGUAUGAACUAACAGGGUUCCCACAGUCAUGGAAAAUCCUGGAAAAAUUUGUGGUCAUGGAAAGUCAGGGAAUUUGGAAAAUCUGUGAAAAGUCCUGGAAUUGCAUUUACCUCUUGGCUAUGGCAGCUUUCCACUUUGUCCUGUCUCGCAACUCUCAUACUCUGCUAUUAUAAAUGGUGUUAAAGAUUUCCAUAUUUCCCAGUUUUGUGACAUACCAAAUUCUACAUAACUCACGGGAAGUCGUGGAAAGCAGCAAUUUAGUCAUGGAAAAGUCAUGGAAUUCUGUUUUCAAAUUUCUGUGGGAACCCUCACUAAGUAACAGCUUGAAAUGCUUUGAUCCUGCUCUCCUUUAUUCCUCAUACAUUAAAUUAUCAAAGUCGACCUAAAACCCCAACUACUAUUUUGCCCAACUUUGGCAAAAGGAAGCAAUUGACACUUACGCCAAAUUUGAGUUAUUGUUGUUUCUGAAACACCCUUUGUAUGUUGCACGCUCCGGCAAAUACUGGGGUAGAAAUGAUCAUUGUAUGGAAGAUAUGAAAGAAAAUAUGCUGUUAAAUUGAAUUGACGCCUAUGUAAAUGACGAACACACAUUGCUCAUUUACAACGAAUUAUACUUUGUAAUUUGCUUCGUUUUUGCCAAAGUACGGCAGUAUCAUGAUCCUUCAAUUUGUCUGCAGGCACCGGCUCUGGGUCUUCUCACAAGAUUAGCAUUAAUAUGAAUGCCUGAAUGAGAGGGGGCCUCUGUACACAAGUCAUUGGCAGAGACUUUAGAGGUUCAGACCAAUAUACAGUUAAGGCCAAAAGUUUACAUACACCCAUGGAAUUCAGUGGAAUUUGUUUGCUUGCCAAACAUCGUAAAAUUUACUAUAUAUUCAGAAAUGCAAAUACUACCAUGACAAAUUUGGUAUCAAAUGAAAGAGCGUAUUCAGCUCUUUCACAUGAUGGGAUGCUGUUGGGAUUUAACCCUUAACAUCAAUAACAUGCCAUGAACACAAUCAUUUUCGUGCAAUGGUCAUACAGCUAUUGUUAUGCCUAUUGCAUUUUGAAGAGUGCAUUGCAUGCAUGAGUGAUCCAUUGUUCAGUUCAGCUUAUGGUCAAGAGGUUUAAUAUUAUUGUCUCAUGAGUGAUUCUCUUUUUUAAUAAAUAAAACAUUUGAAUAUAGACUCUUUGAAACAAAGUGGCACUCGCUGAUUACAGUGAAUGGCACAUUAAGAGUUAAGUAUAUUUCAGGUGGAAUUUACUUUAAAGAAAAAAGUAAUAUUAGUGCCAAAUGUAUUCUUUUUUUAAAAUUAUAUUUUCAAACAUCAUUUCAUAGAAAUAUAUAGAUGUCAAAUCUAUGAUUUAUAUUACAUUUUCUAUCAUGAUAUGUCACCACUGAACAAAAAAGUGUAAUCUGGAAUGUUUGUGUUGAGAAGUAGCAAUCACAAAUACAUGUAUGAAAUUUUUUUGUCAAGUUUUUAUUUUUAAUUUGUCUAAAAUAUGAAGAUUUUUUGGGGAAAAAUGACACCUUAAUGUUUUUCAGCUCCUGAUGGCAAAGCAAUGUAGUGAAGGGGCAUGACAUACUCAUUUGUUUGAUAUCAAAUUCGUCAUGAUAGCACACAUAUUUUAUAAGAUACAGUAAAUUUUAUGAUGUUUGGCAAGUGUCAAUUUAUCUUUGAAUUUCCUGGGUGUAUGUAAACUUCUGGCUUCAACUUUAUGCAAUUUCAAAUUAGCCUGGGCUAUAUAGUGUCAAGAUGAUUUUAAUGCAACUGUUUGCUUUUCAUCUUUUAUUCAUCCGUAAAGUCCUUUAUUACCUUAAAACCAGCUUUGUAAAAUGCUGAGAAUUAGCACCUUUGUGAAAAUAUGCAAUGGUAAUGUCAUUUUCACAGUGACCCAACUCAACUUUGUACUGUUAAACAUGUAUCAUGAUAAUUUUGCCAAUGACAUGCAAUGUGGUGGUUUCAGUUUUCUUUUGUAUUGGUUGGGGAAUGGGUGCUCACGAACCAUUGUUUCUUUCUCGUUGUUGCAUGUUGUUCUUGAGAGUAAUUCUGCCUGCCUGGCUGGCUCCCACUGUUUGAUUAUGGAGCUAUUCUAUGGUUUGAUGUUGGGCUGUACACUCAUAAAAAAAAGAAAAAGAAGGACAUGUCAUUACUUCAAUGAAACAUUCUAUUUAUAAUAAGAGAAAUGUGUGGAAGUGCAAUAUAUCAAUAUUCUCCAAAUAUUAUGUCUAGAGCAUGGUAAUUAUGUUUUCUAAGCUUUGUUUUAGAAUCGUUAAUAGACAUUUGUUGGAAAGGUGAAUUAAACUUAUUUUUGUAAUAGAUAUAUUAUCGAGUAUACGUAAAUUUGAAAUUGAUAUACAUACUGCAGUGAUAAUCAAACUGACAUUGUAUUAGUAAGGCUUGUUGUCCUUUACACUUAUUUUGUGAUACUGUCAUUAAAUGUAUUUUACCCCUCUCUUU